AUGUUUAUCAGUACACUAUCUUUAUAACCAGCCUUUGCUGUGAAACCCAAGCGGGGCAGGUAAUGUUGAUGACGCCCCAGUUUUAGUUGUAAACAUGCAGCCCUGGCGCUCGAACUCCCGCCUCACAUUUCUGCACUGCACCCUUGUUCACAACUGCUGCUGCUGCAUCCGCCAAUCAUGAAAAGCAGACACUUCCGGCGUACAUGGUUGCUGAGCGACUGAAGAUCUCCGGCGUUUGGUGGUUGCUAAGCGACCUGAGCCGGGGUUUGUCAAUCACGUUUUUUUUUACGAACGGAACGUGCAGGAGUUGUUGCAGACACAUGAGAAACUGGAGGUUAACUCAAGAUUGCAGUUAAGAAUUAGUUUUUGAAAAAAAAAAAGUCAUGGCAGACAGUGAUUGUGAGGGCGCUGACCUUGGUCUGGAAGAUGCAGAUGGGCAGUUCCAUUCAGACCUGGAUGAAGAGCAUCAGUCAUCCAGCUCCAGCACAACUGUACGGCCAAGAGACCACUGUGACUGUCUUCUGGAUGCCAUUGAUGCCCAGCUCAGUGAAAUGCAGGCUCCAAGCCCCAGUGGACGAGGGAUUGCUGAGGGUAUUUCCUAUAAAUGUAAAGCAGAGACUUCAAGAACAGAACAUGAAGAACCGAGGCUGUGCUCCACAACCCAGAAUAAAGAAGCUUGUCAGUUUGAACAGAGCCAGCAGGAAGGAGGAGACUCCAAAAAGGAACAAUACAAAUGGAGACUGAAGCAGCUUCUGGGAAGCGAACAGACAGAUGCCCCAGGGUACCAGAGUGACUUAAAUACUACAGAGAGUGUCUGCACUGAGGAUUUUAUUACCAAGUUCAAAGAAGGGAUGGUAGACCCCCAGUCAGACUUCAGCGGGGAGUUGAGCAGUGACGAUGGGACCCCUGGAUGUUCCCCUUCUGGCAAACGCUCUUCAAAAAUAACAAGCAAAGAAAGUGUCGUGAAACCAGAGUCUUUUCUGAGUAUAAGCAAGGCCAGCACCGCAGAAAGAGAGGCCGACAAUGAAAUUGUCGUGAUAAACACUGCAAGGAGACUGGAUAUCGUCCAGCAGUUUAAGCAGGAUUUAGAAAGCGAUCUUCAAGGGACUGUUAUGGACGUUGAGGAGACACCAGGUACAGGUCUUCUAUCAAGAAACCGGAGAGACAGCUUGGAGUCUCUUGGUGGCCGGAUCUCUAGGCUUAGCCAGAGCAACAUUACGGAUUCUCUGAGCAUUCUUGGGAAGGAGAGGAGUGUCGUCCAUAGCAGUAAUCCUGUAGGAUUGUUCAGAGAAGGUGGUAGUCCAUCUGUUAUUGUCUCCCAAAAGGACAAUGUGAAAGAGCCUCCUUGUUUGUUGAUAGGAAUGAAUGAAGAGAACAUCCAACAGGAAAGUUGUGGACCUCUAGCCCUUGAAGAGAUGUUUCCCAGCUGUGAGAGAUCUUCAGUAAGAGGCAACGGGGAGCGUAGGUUGGGCCAAGAGAACUUUGCCAAUGGAAUAAACCUAUAUGGUUCCACUUAUGUUUCUCAGUCAUCCACUUGUUCAGAUGUGUCUGUCUCUAUGUCUAAGGAAAAAGAUGCAUUGUCAAAAGAUAAGUGUCCUUCUCCAGUCAGACUCUCCAGUGGGAAGGAGAACACUUCAUGCGUACGAGAAGUGAAUGGAAGUGACCCAGAAGAAAGAAAUGGAAACUUAUAUCAGCCAGAAAGGAAAGGGGUGCAUCAACAUGAAUUUGGUGUGGUGUCCCUUUCCUCUUUCCAGCAACAGACUAUAAGCAGAUCAGAAAGCUGUCCUUAUAUUCGUGGAUCUUCCUACAGACUUGAAGCAGCUAACUUAUUACCUGGGUCAAACCACCAUACAACCACUUCGGGGUCAAGGCACAUUCGAAGCAGCAGCCUAAGCAUUAGAUCCUCAGCAGCUAAAGGACAGUUUAAUAGCCAUUGUCCAUCUAGCCCCAGUUCAGACAGGAAGAUCAUAAUAUCACAUAGAGCAACAGCUGGAAUAAACCAAAAAAACUAUGAGAACUUUGGCUCCGAGUCCAGCCUGAAUACCAUUGGCACAGAAGAGUAUGUGGACUCAUUUCAGACUGUGGCAGUCAAGCAUGUUGCUGGGGUUCCUGUAAAGAGUUUUGAUGAAGUGACCAUAGACAGCGAUCUGGAUUCAGUGAAAACAGAUAGAGUCCGGAAGCACUUUCAGAAAGCACUCAGUACCAGAAAUGGCUUUGUAUCUGCUAAGAUUGCUGCUCCAGAUGACCUCUACUCAGACCACAGUGAUCUUGACACGGCUAAACUGCAGCAGAUUGAGCGCACGUUCCAUGACAUUCUGCGCAGAAAGAAAAGCUCUGCUCAGGGUUUGAAGAGUGUAUCUGUGGCUGCUCCGUUCGGAUGUCGCUCCACUAAAAGAUCCCGAAGCCCCAGGAAGGAUGCGUGCAGGUUCGAGAGCUCUGAUAGGAUGGUGACUGACGAGGAGGAGGAGGAGAGUUUAGAGCAGCGCUUCAUGGAGAGCAGUGCAGAGUGGAGGACCAGCAGCCCAGUGAAGUGGAACUCGUGUCCCAAGAGAGGCGGAGAACUGGCCUGGGGGCGGGGCCUGGGCUCGGAGAUCAGCGAGGCACACCGGCGUUCUUCCCAUUUGUUGGACUCGGAUCGGCAGAUCUUAGAAGAAUCUGUUUCCAGGCUGCGUCGGGAUCUUGCUGUGGAGGAGGAGAGAUUGUCACACAGGAAGGCCCAGGUGCAAGAGACAGAGCAUUCGCUGACUGAGGCUCUUCAGAAAAAAAAGCAUGCAGUUCAGGAGCUGGAGUCGGUGAAGUGCGCAGUUGAGAAGAGCCAGAAGGAAGCAAGAGGGCUGGAGACCCGGGUCAGAGACAGCAAGAGCCAGGCAGAGGAGACGAGGGCAGAGCUGGCAGUGCUGGAGUACAAGCGGGACUCGUGUCUGCAGGAAGUGCAGAGUCUAGAGGAGGAACUGAGCGUGCUCAGAAGACAGUGCUCCGCCACAUACAACAGCCAGCAGAGCACCCUACAGAACCAAGUGUCGUCUCUGAAUGCGGAGCGUGAGGAGCUCAGGGCUCGGCUGAGGCUCAAGGAGGGCGGUCUGUCUGUCCUGGAGAGGCAAGAGCUGGAGCGGCAACUGAGCUGCGCCAGGAGCGAGCUGUUCACAGAGCAACGUAGCGCCCAGAACAAGAUCAGCCUGCUGCAGGAGCAGCUGGAGGACUGCCAGGUGGAGCUGGAGGAGCGGGCAGCCCAGGAGGCUUUGCUGCAGGAGAGGAGCGGGAGACUGGAGCAGCAGCUGAGAGAGAUGAACAGGAGGCAGGAGGAGCAGGCAGAGAAGCUGGCCCUGCAGAGCAGUGAGGCGAGCCAGGCCUUGGGCAGGCAGGUACAGGAGGCAUCGGUCCAGCUCCUGGAGAAGGACGGGAAGAUCUCGGCACUGGAGCGCAUCCUGUCUGAGAAGGAACUAGAGCUGCUGAGGCUGAGGGAGGGCCAGGCCGCCCUGCAGGCCGAGCAAGAGGCCCUGGUCACAACCAGAGAGACCCUGACACAGGAACACCAGAGCCAGCUGCAGCAGCUCCACCGUGACAAGCAGCUGGAGGAGGAGCAAGCGAAACAACAAUUGAAAGAGGAACUGGAUUUAAUCAAACAGCAAGAAAUCCAGCAGGUUAGGGACCAAGCAUUGGAGGACAAACUGGAGGCUGUAAAGCACCAAGCACUUUCCUUCACACUGGAGAUGGAGAAACUCACCCUGAAAAUCCAGUUAAAAGAUGAAGAAACUAUGAAGCUGAAGGAAGCAUUCAAGCAGCAAGAGGAGUCCACAAGGAAGCUAGCUGAGGACCUCAAACUGGAAGCCAAAGAGAUGGUGCAGGGGGCUUUGCUCCGGGAACACAGGAAAUGGGAAACAGAGAAGACAGAGGAGCUCCAGAGGCAGCGUGGGAUACUGGAGGAGGAGAGCAGGAGAGCCAUGCACACCAUCAAGGAGGACCUGGAGAAUGAAAGGAGGAAAGCACUCCCCCUGCAGAAUAAAAUUAUCGAGCUGCAAACUAGAGUGCAGGAGCUGGAGUUUGAGAGCAGAGCCCUGCAGAGAGAGAAGCAGGAGGCUGUCAGUGAGGUGCGGAGCUCUCUCAGGGAGGAGAAACAGGAGGAGAUACUCCGAGUCAGGGAGGAGAUGGACCAGGUGAAGGCCCGUGAGGUGGAGAGGCUCAGGCUGAGGCUGGAGCAGGAGGAGGCAGAGGUGCAGAGGCUCAGGGCUGGCCUGGACAAGGCAGCGUGGAGGGAGAAGGAGCUGCAGACACAGGCCGAGCGACUGGAGAGGGGAGCAGUGCUGGACCUCAGCCUGGUGUGCGACCGCAUCCAGGACUUCAUACAUAGCACAAGGGAGCAAAAAGCCGGAGCCAGCCCAGCACACCAGAGACCCAGCAGCCCCUCUCGUCUGUCCCUUCCCCAAGCUGUGCAGGCCCUGCGCGGGGCUUGUGAGGAGCAGCAGCAGCACAUCCUGGAGCUGCACCAGGAGCUGGACACACAGAGACGCACCGUCCUGCACAUCCAGCAAGACAAGGAUCGGGAGCUGAAGCAACAGCGUGAGGAGCUGUAUCUGGAAAAGGAGGCGGCGGUGGAGGCCAUCAAGGAGCGCCUCAUCCAGGAGCACAUCGAGGAGAUCAGUAAGUUGCAGCGCCCCCUGCUGAAAGACUCCGGGGGCAGCGAGUGCCAGUCUCUCCGCCAGCAGCUCCGUGAGAAGGACAGCGAGCUGAGAGCCAUCCAGAGGAACAUGACCCACUGGAAGGACGAGACCGCCGCCAAGCUGGCCGCCAAGUUUGAGGAGGAACUCAACUCUGAGCUUGAGAAAUGCAAGUCUGAUUUGUUAAAGCAAAGACGGAUGUCCAAGAACAAACCUGAUCACCAAAGAAAAAUAGAAAAGCUGGAAUCAGAAAUGAGAAGAUUAUCAAUGGAGAGGUGUGAGACUGCUCCCCUGUGCUCAGCCUCCACCCCUUCCCUGAGCACAGCACCCCCUACUGGGCCCCAGGACUUCAGCACACUGAAACUGCUCCGGCACCUGCAGAGUCGUGUGAAGCAGCUGCGUGCUGAGAACAGCAUCUACCACCCAGGGAGCCUCGACGACAUGGCCGGCUCCUACCGGGAAACAAUUCGUAUGAUGCCGGAAAGGCUGCCAACAAGAUUCAAAUCCAGUACCAGAAAACCACUCCUCUGAAGGGUCGUUCCUCUCUGUUACAGUUCACACUUUAUAUACCUCCAUCCAGUCCACAACGACACAGACCAGCUCUAAUUGCGAAAGAGCUUUAAAAGAUUUCGCUGUACA